GAGCUCGCCCUCGGCAUCCGCGCCCGCCUCCCGGCGGCGCCCCGGGCGACGCCGCGCGAGCCGGUGCUCCCGCGCCCGGCGGCGCUCCCGGCCCGCUGCGGAGCUGAGCGCCCCCCGCGGCACUCCACCCUGGCGGCGCUGGCGGGAGCGACGCCGCUGAACGCGGGCUCGCGGUGCCCGCCGGAGCGCCGAGAGGACGGCGCAGGGUUGGCCCGGUGGCCGCGCCCCGUGGCCACGCCCGGCCCACGCCGCGCGCGAGAGGCGAACCUGCGCUGGGAGGCUGCGGGCUACGGCUUCGCUGGCCCGCCUGGCGCCGUGGCGCCGCGCGGCAGGGUCGGCUUCGGCGGGGCGGAGGUUCAGAGGCCUGGGGGACGGGCUGCGCACCGACGGCCCCGUUGA